AUGCGCCGGACGAGCAACCACACCGCGGUCGAGAAGAUCCACCCCGAGGAGCAAAUCCGAGCAGUUGAGUUGGCCGCGGCGGCACCAACGCGGACGCCAUCGGCGUCACGUCUCCGUACCCCGGGCGGAAAGGCUUACGGAAGCAUGCGCGAAGCCGUGUGCUACCUCACCUUUCUCGUUGUGUUUGGCAUAGUGACGGUGUACAACCGGGGCACCUCGUCGAUGUUCUACUACAGCGAUAGCGUUGCUCGUGCGGUGGGCGACACAUCGUUUCCGUCGGGCGACGAUUCGAACGUCGACAUUUCGCUUGCCGGCGUCGAGACAUUGGGGGACGUGUGGAACUGGCUGCAAGGACCAGUCGCCAAUACAUUUUUCCCCACAACGGCUUCACCCGUGCUGGGUGCCAACCAAGUCAUCGGCAACGUCCGCUUGCGUCAAGUGCGCGUGAAGCCCAACUCAUGCUCACCCCAGAGUCAGUAUGCGACCUUGGUGUCCUACUGCUACGGCGCCUUGUCGCCGUCCAGCGAGUCGACAGUGGGCUUUGGGCCGGUGCUCAACUCGGAUGGCGUUUCUGCGUAUGCCGCGUACACGUUCGCCUCGACUUACUUUGGCGCUUCCAAGUCGUACGCGCAACUCUUGCAGUGCAUCAGCGGCUGCGAGAUUGCUGUCGGUGGUCUCUACGGCAUCGAUAAGGCGCGGUACGCAGCUGCUUACACCAACACGUGCUCUCUCAGUUGCACGUGCUUCUAUUCGGGUGGCAACUGCGUCGCGCCAUCGUCGUCAGCGCCGUCGCCGGUCUACAUAUACAACUGGACGAGCUCGGACGUGACGCAAAGCAAUGCCCUGCAAGGACUCUUUGGAUCGAUUCCAGGCUCUGGCUUUGUGGUCGACUUGCCAACGAACGUCACGGACGCGCGCUUGGUCCUUCGCGCGCUCAAAUCGGCAAAGUACAUUGACAUUGCGACGCGAGCUGUCGUGCUUGAAGCCGCCAUCUUCAACCCCUAUUUGGAGCUCUUCAACCUCGUGACAGUGGUCCUCGAGCUUCCACCGACCGGAGGUGUAUACACUAGCUUCACGUCCUCAGUCGUCGAACUUUCUGCAUAUUCGUCGAGUGCCGCGGGCAAAAUCUUUUUUGAAGGACUCCUGGUGAUCGGUGUCGUUCUCUACACGCUCGAGCUGCUCUUUGGUAUGCUGCGCCACUCACCGCGCAAGUACUUCAGCUCGUUCUGGAACAUUGCUCACGGGAUCAACAUUGCUCUGUUCAUCGCUGUCAUUACGCUCCGCCUUGCGGCCAUCAAUAGCGUCUACGGCGCUACCAUCGACUGGUCGACGAUCGAUACGGCUAGCGUUCUCUCCAAAUUGCACUUUCUCUCGACACUCGGUCGCCAAGAACGCUCCGUAAACGCGAUGAACGCGCUCUUGACGUGGGCCGUCGUGUUCAAGUACGCUCAGAUGUCACAGAGCAUGUUUCUCCUCUUGCGCGUCCUCGCCAAGGCCAGCGCGGACCUUUGGAGCUUCCUUCUCCUUUUCUGCAUUUGUCUCCUAGGCUAUGCGCAGGCGGGCUUUGUGGCCUUCUCGACGCAAGCACCAUCCUUCCACACCUUUGGCCAGGGCCUCGUGACACUCAUCGAGGCGCUGCGCUUUCGCCUCGACUAUGCAGAGCUCGCGGCAGCCAACGCCGGCUUCGCGCCCGUGUUUUUCGCGUCGUUCUACAUGCUCGUCAUUCUCAUCGCGCUCAACGUCUUUGCCGCGAUCCUCCAUGAAGCCUACGCGACCAUGGACAAGGACCUUGUGUACAAGUACGCCUUUCCGUUCCCGCACGGCGUGCUGGCGGCUGUCGGCUUUACGCUCCAGCGCACCUUUGUCGCCAUCAAGUACGGGCGCGAGGCCGCCAACGCCAUGAUGCAGCAGCACGCGGCCGCACCACCUGCCGCGGUUCUCGAUCGGAGCCUCAAGAAGGGCGACGUGCACCCGUGGAUGAUGAUGGAGAUGCAGGCGCUCACGGAGAAGGUCCAGGGCAUGCUCUCGGCCAACGACGAGAAGAAGGCGCAAUUCGAGACGAUGGAAGCGAUGCUCCGCGCGAUCGAAGACACUUGCAUGGAGCUCAAGGUCGCGGCCAAGCCGCUCGCGACCUAA